AAUAUUUCUAUCAAUCCGAAUAAUCAUCAACGUUUGAUUGAUGCUAAUAUUGCUGAUACAUUAAUGCAGUUAAUAUUGCCAUCAGAUGAAUGGUUUUAUACAAAUCACAGUACAAAAUAUGCAAAAUUUGUUAAACAUCAAGCCGCACGAAUAAUGGUUUACCUUGGUCUUGAGAAACGAUUAAGGAACAAAGUUUAUUUAUUUGAUUUGAUGGAUGAUCUUAGUUGGCAUUCACCUUCAAACAAUUCAGCCGAAGAUAGUUACAUAAUACAAACGUCAAUAGCUCCGAGCGUCGUUUUUUCCGGAACAACUCCACCAAUUUUGAUAGGGUGUUCGGUGGAAAAUAUCGUGGUUGAUCUUAUAAAAAAAAUUGAAGAUAAAUUAAUCAAUGGAGAAGAUAGUCUUUGUUUAGAUCCAUUGAAUGAUGAAACAAUGAAUUGUUUCAUUGAUGGAAUGACAAACAAUAACAUGAAAGAUACAUGCCCACCAGCUAUUCAAGUUGAUAUGCCUUCCGGUCUAAUCACUAAUCAUCAUUUUACGAAUUAUCCUAAUUGUUUCUUUUAUUUAUCCACAUUACCAAUGACAUUACAACCGAUAAUUUUAUUAAGAGUACUUCAACAUCGAAUGUUUGGUGCAAUUUCUUAUUGGACAUUACAAUCUCGUGCUAGCGUUGCUUCAUCGGCAGCAAGUUCAUAUGAAUGUUAUCGUUCACGAACCAAUUCCAAUGCUAGCAAUUGUAAUUUUCCUAACCUUAAACAAAAUAUUGAUUGGCAUUGUUCCAAUUCUAGUCUAUCGCCUGGUAGAAUCGAUUUUGAAAGAAGAAUGUCAGCAAAAGGUCUUACAGAUAAUUAUCGAUUAACACCACAAAACUCAUUUCCACUGGGAACAAAAUGUUCAAUGUCGGAUUGCUUAUCAACGACAAGCCGUAACAAUAGUAUAACAACCGCACAUAGGCUAUCAAUACAACGAUCGUCAAUACAACCCGUAUCAUUGAUCGAACAGCAAUCGCAUGUCAAUGAGUUGGAUACAUUGUUUCUUCAGCAACAUAAACAAGUGAAUAAAAAUCAUCAUACAUUUUCCAUUGAUGGAGCUAAUUCCAAUCCAAAUAAUUCAAUCGAUAAUUCUGAUGCUGAAGAAGCAUAUAUAAUAUCUUUUCAACGCGAAUUACAAAAUUUACCAAAAUCUCCUGUACUUUGUGAAAAUUUGAAUCAAAAUUCUACCGUUAAUGAUCCGGUAGCGAAUAUCGCUAGAGAAACAUUUGAAAAUCAAGAGAAGAAUAACCAGCUGCCAUCUUCAACAUCAUCAUCAUCGAGAAUGAGCGCAUAUUGUAAAAGUUCACAAAAUGCUGCCAUCGAUAAUCGUUCCAAUAAUCAGAUAUUCAAUUUCAAUCAAACAAGCCCAAACUUAUCGCCAUUAAAACAUUCGUUUAAAAAUCUUAGCGAAAGUCCUAAUUCUUGUGGAUGUAGUUCACAUCGUACGGUUUCAACAAAAACAGGUUCACGAUCCGGUUCAACUGGUCAGGUUAUCAACGAAUGGAUUAUGCCCAACAUACACAAAGCAAUAAUGAAAUUGAUUAUCGAUUGGAUCAAUAUUUGUCCAGAUGAUUUUCAACAAUCUGCUUUUCGACGUGAAUUCAUAGAAUUUCUAAAUCGAGUAUCGGCUAUGGGUGAACAAUAUCGUUGGUUUUGUGAAGAGAUUCGUUAUCAAGCAAUUAUUAAUGAAUCGGAAACACUUACAGAGACGCCAUCUGUGGAUGAACAAAUUAACAAAGAUUAUGAAAGGCUUCAAAAACUUAUUCUUAGUGGACAAUUGCCAUGUUCGAAAGAAGAAGCGGUCACUUUGGCUGUUAUUCAAUUACGUAUUGAUGAAACAUCACCACCGACAAACAAAGCAACAGUGAUCGAUAAUGAAUCAGAUCAUCAUCAUCAUCAUCAUCCACAUGAAGAUAUUAUUGCACAAUCUUCAUCAUCAAUGUUGAACAAAUCGACAUCUGUAUUGGGUGAAAAAUUACGACCUAUCAGUGAAAAUGUAAAGGAAAAUCUUUCGGGUAAAUUGUUUCGUGGUACAACAACAAUAACAAAAACUGGAACAACGGCAGUUCAAUCAUCAUCAUCAGCAAUGUCUUCAUCGUUUGAUGAAAAUGAUGAAGAAGAAGAUAAUCAUAAAAUUCUUAGUAACACCACAGCCAAUAAAACCAAUGAUUCGAUUUUUAAAUUUAACCAGAUAAACCGUAUUCAAUAUAAUAAUGCUAAUAAUAACAGCAGCAGUAGCAACAGCAGCAAUAUUUUACAAACAUUUUCAACUAAAACGGCAAAUCGCAUACUUCAAUGGAUGUCAGCCAAUUGGAAUGAUACUGAUUAUAAUUUUAGUUCAAUCGAUGCUCGACGAUAUUUACCACCAAUCUAUCAAAGUAGUAAAAAUAUUGCCAAAACAAUAAGAGAACAGAAGCGUAAAUUAUUUCAUACAUCAGUUUAUGAAAGUGAACAACAGUUGAAAAAACUUUAUAUACAAACUUGUAAACGUUUACCCGCAUAUGGUUGUCAAUUAUUUCAAGUUAAAGAAUUACUUCAUGGCCGUACAAAUAGACGUGCAACACGAUUAUUGGGCAUCUGUUUGGAACGUAUCGUACUACUUGAUUGUAAUACAUUACAAUUGGCUAAAGCACAACCGACAAAUAAUUUACAACAAUGGCGUACUGGUGGUGGACGAUCACAUGAUCGUUUAGUGUUAGAAUUUCGUGGUACACAAUGGUCAUUCAUUACAUCAUCACAUAAUAGUUUACGUGCUAUUGGAACUGUUCUAUGGGAAAUAUUGCAAAGCGUUGAUUCAUCCUUUUUAGAUGCAUUGAUAGCGAAUGAAUCACGGUACUGUUCCAAGAAUAAUAUCAACAAAGAUAAUUCCAAAUUAAACAACAAUAACAAUUCAAUGGCAAUAGACAAUGGCAAUGUUUCAGAUAGCAAACAAAAAAGGCGUUUUCGUGAUGAACUAUUAGGUUUGGAAUCAAUUUUACAUUUUCCUGAAGAAGUGGCCCUUUGUCUUGCUCAAGUUGAAUAUGAUUUAUUCUAUAAUAUUCAACCAGUUCAUUAUAUUCGACAAGUGACAUUAGAUCUUAGCACUCGAAUUUCUAGUACCGGUGAAGAUGAUGAAUCACAACAAAACAAACAAUCAGUUGACAAUGUUGGUGGUGUACGAACAGCUUUUACCGUUGAAGAUCUGAUUGAACGUUUUCAUGAGGUGUCUUCCUGGAUCACACAACUUAUAAUUUCACAACCAACACAUGAAAUGAGAAAAGCAUUUUUGUCAAGUAUAAUGAGAGUGGUACAAACAUGUUGGAAUUUGGGAAAUUUCAAUUCAGCCGUUGAAAUACUAGCAGGAUUAAAAUCAGAAAAAUUGAAACCUUUUUGGUUGUCAAUUGAACAAAAAGAUGAUCUUCAUUUAUUCAAUGAAUUAUCAAAAAUUUUACUCACGUUGAAUGAACCAUCAGAUGAGUAUAAAAUAGCCGUUAUAAAAGCAUUGGACAUUCCACAUUCACAAGUGAUUCCAUUUUUUGGAGCUUUUCUACAUGAUCUAAAAAAUAUCUUGAAACGUGUACCAAGCCUGAUCGUUUUGUCCAAUGAAAAUGCUAACAUUUAUCGUGAUUCAAUUGAAUCCAGUCAAAAUCAACCAAGAAUUGAAACAAUUUCCGAUUUCAAUGGUGAUAAUAAUUAUAUGUCACGCAUCGGUGUUGGAGGCAUUAUUAACAUGGAAAAAAUGUAUAAAGCUCAUCAAGUUAUGGACAAUUUACGAACAUUUCAUGUGCAUUCAAUUCGACGAAAUCAAUUAUUGUCAACAAUAAAUCAAACAUCCGAUGAACGAGCUAUGUUGGGAAUCAUCACAAGCGAAACACAAUGCGAUAAUAUAAACAACAGCCAAGAAGACGACACUUCUUGUCACAUCAAAUUGAAUGCAGCAAUCGAAAAAAAUUCUGCUGAUUCGAAAUCGUUAAUUAGAAAAGAAAAUGAAGAUCUUUAUCAGAUUGAUGUAGACUAUUAUAAUCCUAUACAAUCGAUGCGUCGAACACAUGGAAUUAGUUUUAUACCAUUCGAUCCUCAAAUGAUUGAUUAUCAUGUUUUACAGGUAAUGCAUCAUGGUACAACAAUAAUUCAUUAUGAAGAAGAUAGUGGUCGUUCAUCUGUGGUCUAUCUUAAACUCGAACAAAGCAAUUCUAUGAUUGUAUGGUGUAAACCUUUUUGGAGCACUACUUUUAGAUCAAGUAAUAAUACACCACAGGAUUAUCAGCUAUCAUAUGACAUUGAGGAUUUUAUUCUGCCUGGUAUUUCAUUAAAAUAUGAAACUAAAGAACCGGCAUUAAUUGGUCUUGAAGAAGGAUUCUUAGAUUUAAUGUAUUUAAAAGAUGUAUUCAUAAGAUCAGCUAGUGCCGAUCUGCCAAUGAUUGGAAGACGUCAUGGUUUUAUUGAUUCAAUAUUUGCUGAUCCGAAUAACAAUUAUAGUAUUAAAUUGUUAUUUGGUCAAAAUCUUAGUGAUAAUCGAACAACCGAAUUCAUAGCACCGAAAAUGACAUUAUCAAUAUGGACAGAAGGUUUAAGAAGUAUUUUGAAAUUAUUACAAAAUCAAAAACGAUUAACAGAUCAAAGAAUAUCAUGGUUGAAAGAAAAAUAUCUUCAAGCAUAUUAUGAAGAAUCAGUUUGUAAAGGACCAACACCUGCUGAAGCUAUACGAAUGUUUGGUGGACGUAAAUGGACAAUUGAUACAAUGGGUUCUAGCUAUCAAUCAUUGCAAACAGAUUCGUCAAUGAAUAGAUUUAAUAAUAUGAAUAAAAAUCGAAAGAAAAAAACAGGAACAAGUUUUUCCGUAAAUCGUGAAUUGAGCAAUCGAUCACAAUUAUCAAUAAAUUCAUCACCGGAUACUUUUUUAAAUCAUUGUCGUAGUGAUCAUUCGACACCAACACAUCAUUUUAAAUCUUCCAAUUUAUCGACACAAAUUCAUGCCGAAUCUGAUCAAAAUAUGAACAAUUCGCAAAGCAGUUUUGAUGAUAAUUUUGUUACAUCCGAUACUAUUCCUAUAAGGUGUAAUACAUUGGCCAGCAAUUAUCAUCCUUCACAAAUUCAUACAACACAACUAACAUCACAAUAUCGAGAAAAAUAUUGUAAACGUAACUUUUCAACCUUUUUAGAUUCAUUUAGUGCAUCACUGAAAGUUACACAAAAAAUGCGUACAACAUCGGCGACGACUAAUGGGAAUGUAGAAAAUCGUUCGGUUAUUACACAUUCGGCUAAUUUGUCUUUUUCUGAAUAUUCUCAAUUAUUUCGAUCAUUUUAUAUUUGCAUUCGUCGUGACAUCAAAGAUAUAUUCGAACAAAUUGCAACAAAAAGCGAUAUUUAUGCAAUCAAAGAAAUCGAAAGUAAUUCAUCACGAAAAGAAUCUCUAGCCGAAAAUAGCCAAGAGAUUUCUAAGGAUAAUAAAAAAGGAAAAUUUAUCGGCCUUUUGACACGAAAUAAUUCAGACAUACAUUCAACAAGCGACUAUAAGAAUCGUAUUUUCGAUGCAAUUUCGGCAGCCAGUAUUGUAACUAACAGUGCUGGAAUAGAUUCAUUGAAUACAUCGAUUUUAACUGCCAAUGAUUUUCAUUCAUUUCUAACUACUUAUCAAUCUGAAUCAAGCACAAUAGAUGAUGCUAAAAAUUUAAUAGAAAUGCAUGAGCCUAAUGUAUUAUUACGUAAACGACAUUGUUUUUCAUUCGAAGGAUUUGCUUGUUAUCUUAUGGAUAAAGAUAAUUUUGCCUAUACUCCCGAAUUGAUUCAAACUAAUGAAGAAGAUAUGAACUAUCCGCUGUCACAUUAUUAUUGUGCAACAAGUCAUAAUACCUAUCUGACUGGUCAUCAAUUAAAAGGAGAAUCUUCUGUCGAAUUAUACAGUCAAGUUCUUUUAACAGGUUGCCGUUGUGUUGAAUUAGAUUGUUGGGAUGGUGAUGAUGGAAUGCCAGUUAUCUAUCAUGGCCAUACAUUAACAUCGAAAAUACCAUUCAAAAAAGUUGUCGAAACAAUCAAUGAAAAAGCUUUUGUAGCAUCACCAUAUCCAGUAAUACUUUCGGUUGAAAAUCAUUGCUCAUUACAGCAACAAGCAAGAAUGGCACAAAUAUUUAUGCUUGUUUUUGGUGAAAAACUAGUCACGAAAUUUCUUUUUGAAAGCGAUUACGUUGAUGAUCCACGUUUGCCAUCACCGAAUCAUUUAAAAUAUAGAAUUUUGAUUAAAAAUAAAAAAUUACGAGCACCAAUAUUACACUUAGCCAAUCAAAGAAUGCGAGUAAGCUUAGUGCAUAGUAAAUCAAUCAAUGAUCGAGCCAAUAGUUUAGUGAGCAAUACAAGCACAGGUUCAUUUAAUGAUGAUGAAGAUGAUGAUUAUGAUGAUGAAGAUGAUGAUGAAGAUGUUGAAGAAUUAUUACCAAUAUCAUUUUUGACAAGCAUUGAAACAUCACCGGAAAAACGAAACGUAUCAAAUGAGAAAGAUACACCAAAAAGUCAGCGACAAGUUAGAUCAAAUCGAUCUGAUUCUUCACAUAACGAAUGUGAUAACAAUAUAUUCAAUUCUCCAUUACAUAAUAAAUCGGCUCGUAAAUCGAGUAGUCAAAUAGCGCCUGAACUAUCCGAUUUAGUCAUUUAUUGUCAAGCAAUAAAAUUUCAUGGUCUUCGUUCCGAACAAAAUGCUUCUUUAAGUGUUAGUCCAACAAAUUCAACAAUGGCAACGCCUGUGUCUAAAAAAAUUACGUCACGUAAACUUAUGUCUACAAAUACAAUGAACGUUAACAUUCAAUCAAAUCAAAAUCUUUUGUCAGUAUCUGAUUCGAUCAAAUUAAAAGAUGAUUUCUCAAGAGAACUGAAUAAUUUGUCACCAACCUAUCAAAGUGCCAAUACAAAUUGGGGACUAAAUAAACGGCCAAAUUCAACAGCACCUUGUUAUCAAGUAGCUUCAAUCAAUGAAAAUACUGCGAAAAAAUUGUGUCGAAAAAAUCCUUUGACAGUUAUUUCUCAUACGGAAAGCCAGAUUAUGAGAACAUAUCCAACUGGAAUGCGAAUUGAUUCUUCCAAUUUUAAUCCGGUUAUAUUUUGGGCAUUUGGUAUACAAAAUGUAGCGCUCAAUUAUCAAACAGUUGAUACAGCACUUCAAAUAAAUUCGGCAAUGUUUGAACAAAAUGGUGGAUGUGGAUAUGUAUUAAAAUCAAGAGUAAUGCGCGAUAAAUCUCAUAUGAUGUAUGGUCGAUUCAAUCCAUGGGACAAAGAAUUUGAUGGUUUACAUACAAUCAAUUUAACUAUAACAAUAAUAUCUGGCCAAUAUGUUUGUCCAAAUACAAAUACAGGAAGUCCACAGGUUGAAGUAGAAACAAUUGGAAUACCGAUUGAUUGCAAUAGACAACGAACUAAAAUUGUACAACGUAAUUCGCUGAAUCCUAUUUGGAAUGACACUUUUCGAUUUCGGGUAAAAUUUGUCGAUCUAGUUUUUCUACGAAUAACCGUCACUGAUGUAACAAUGAAUCAAAUGGUUGCUCAAAUUACAUUACCAAUGAAAUGUUUACGUCAAGGUUAUCGACAUUUGCGUUUAAGAAACGUUUUGAAUCAAAAUUUACCAUUGUCUACAUUGUUCAUAUAUUCAAGCUAUGAAGAAGAAGGUCUUGAUAUUCAAUCAGAUACAUCGUUAGAUCAAUUGUCUAAGAAUAAUAAAUUGUCGAAAAUCGAUUUGAAUAAAUUAGAUUCGACCAAAAUCGAACCAAUUAGUACAUCAUCGGUGAAACGACGUAUGUUUUUUCUAGUUGUUCAUGGUGUUAUACCUGAAGAAUCAUCGACCAUUCUAAAAAUAACACAAGAUAGUACUGUUAAUGACGUUAUUUCGCAAGCUUUGUCCAAAGCAAAUAAACCAAACGAAAGUGUUAAUGAUUAUGUUCUGCUCGAAGAAGUGGACAAAGGUUGGGAAAAAACACGUCCAAGUGAUCGAAGUGGAUUAACACAACGAAUUCUUGAUCCAAAUGAAAGGCCAUUAGAAGCACAGAAUAAUUGGAAAGGUGAUGGAAAAUUUAUCCUAAAAAGAUUAGCCGAUGAUCCAAGCACAAGAGCGUGGAUGACAACAAUUCGAUCUGCUUCUGCGCAUAAAGAAAAUUCUCAUUCAUCUGAAAAGGAAAUUUCCGGUGAUUGGGAAGACAACAAACGAGAUGAGAAUGAAACAUUUUUAGUUUGUAUCUAUAAUGUUAGCAAAGAUCAACCAUAUACAAUAUUGAAAUCAUUAGUGAACAGUACAGCACAGGAUAUUAUUCAACAGGCAUUACAUAAAGCACAUCGAAAUGAAGAUUCGAAAAAAUUUGUACUUGUUGAAGAGAUUGAAAAUUUUAUUGAUACUCAGACAAGUGAACAAAAAUCGAAUAAAAAUUGUGUAAGUUAUCGUCGUGUAUUAGAUGAUGAUGAAAAUAUUUAUAAUGUACAAACACAAUGGAAAAAUAAGGGAAAAUUUGAAUUAAAAUAUCAUUCAGAUAUAACGGCUAAUGAUAAUACUGUGAUGAAAAUGUCAUCAUCAUUAUUACGUCAAAAUCCUCGUUAUUCAAUACAAAUGAAUACUCGUGAUUCAUUGAAAAAAUUAUCACGAAUUCAUCGUACUUAUUCAAAACGUUUUCAACGAAAAGAAUCUGAUGAUUCAUUACAACGAUCAACAAUAAUAAAUCAAGAAAGAUCAUCGAUGAUAACAACAAAUCCAAAUAUAAUAGCAAAUAUGAAUGAUCAAUCAAGACAAGUACAUAGUGAUGGUGAAUUAUCAUCAGAUAUUGAUGAACGUAUUACAGGAAUAAGUGGUAAUUUAAAUGAAACAAAUAUAAGUUCAUUUAGUCGAUUGAAAAGACUUUCAAUGAAACGAUUAAAACAACUUGGCAAUAUCAGUAAAUAAUAAUAAUAAUAAUU